ACUUUACGAUCACGUCCUCGCUGGGGACAAAUGGCGUAAAAGGCUCUUUGAGGUUCAGGCCUCCCCUGUCAAACUGUCCUCAUGUGUGAGGGUGAGGCGGGUGGAGCAGAGGAAUUUUCCAUCACGAAUAUCCCCGCCGCAUUGGUGAGCAUCGCUGGCAAUGGAGCCCGCCAUCUGCCUCUGCUCUCCAUGUUGCACGUGGGACAGGUUUUGCCCUCAGAGCUGCUGCCAGUGGCUGUGCUGCAAAUUUUUAUUCACCAAUGAGCGGAACUGCACUUGCUGUCCCUGCCCUUACAGAGAUGAGAAGGAUUGCCAAUUUUGCCACUGCACCUGCUCGGAGAACCCAAAUUGCCACUGGUGCUGCUGUUCCUGUGCCAACAAUCCCAACUUCAAGUACAGCUGCUUCGCUAGCAGUGAGAACACCGUGUGCCAGUAUUACGAGAGCCGAUGCUGUAGGCGGCUCUCGUGCCACUUCCAGGAGGGUGGACUUCGAAGCAUACACACUUCCAAAACUGUGUUCUUCUAUAAACCUGGGAAGACCUUACCAGGAACCAAUCUUUUGGAAUACCUCGUCUGUCCAGCCUGUUAUAAGCUGAGACUCCAUUCGUACAUCCUGCCUUGCAAUCACUGUCUUUGUGAAAAAUGCAUAUUCAGACUGCAAGGUGAGGUUGAAAUCACGGAGAGUUUCUUCAUCCUGGUAUGUCCGCUGUGUAACAAGGCCCACUGCCUCCCCUACAGCAAUCAGAUGCACCUUCCUGAGAACUAUCUGAAAGGUAAAUUGGUUAAAAAGUACAUGCAGUCGCAAGGCUUUCUAAAAUGGAGAUUUGACAGGCGGCUCGGACCAGCCUACUGUGACGUGUGUAAAGACCGAACCAUGAAAGCCCACAAACGCUGUGCUACCUGUCGGCUGAAUUUCUGCACUAACUGUCUCACAAAAUUUCACUCGGACUUGUCCAUGCAAGACCAUGUCUUCACGGAUGCUUGCCCAAAAGACGCUGAGGAAAAGAAAUGCAUCCACCACCGAAACACCAACAUCACUGAGUACUGUAGAAAUGACAACGAACUUCUCUGUAUUUUCUGCAAGGAGGCAUUCCAUAAUGGGCAUGAUACCCUCAACUUGCUGGAUGCUUCCUCAGAGAUGGCAGCUGCUCUGUUUGGUGCGAUUGCAAAAUUUAAAGCAGUGCGAUACGACGUAGAUAAUCACCUGAUGGAUUUUUCCAUGUUAAAAACCAACUCAAAAACUGAAAAGGGAAUCAAGAGAAAAGAAAUCCGGAACGGUUUCCUAAAGCUGCGCCAUAUUCUUCAGGAGCAGGAGAAAAUUUUCAUGGAAACACUGGAGAACAUCGACGGAGUCAAACUGAAAGAAAUUGAAAAUUAUAUCAGUAUGACUACUACAAAUGUGUCUCAGAUGGACCGGCUCAUAGCAUACUGCAAGGAAGCCCUGAUGGAGCCGAGUCAAGUGGCGUUUUUACAGUCAGCCAAAGGACUAGUAGAUGAAAUAGAAAACAGGAUUCUCACCACCUUCCAACCUAACCUCCAUCUUAAGGAAGACCAAAAACCGACUCUUUUUGUGGAUUUCAAGAAGCUUGCUGAUAGCUUGUACGCCCUCUUCCCGACCCCCGCCCAGAUGUCCUCGAUGGUGGAGAAUGACAAAUCGAGCCCUUAUCCGUACCACUUGGAAAUGAUGGAACCCCAAAGGGGAGGCCUCAGCAACCACAGCAUUUGCAGUGAGCCAAUUUUUGAGAGGAACUCAUCCUUAUCGUCCCUCCCCACACCCUGUGACCCAAACAGGGUGUAUAAUGAAAUGCCUCCAGGGAUCCACUCUCCGUUGCUUCCCAGGAAGUGUGAGGGGAUACAUGCCUACUGGCUUGCCCCUCCGGAGGUUCAGAGCCCUGAGAGGAACUGCCAAAACUGUGGUAGCUGUCACACUUGGCAUUCAUUUAACGAUGAAGUUGCCCGGGUUCCGGGCUCUGUCUUAAUCUACCAGACCCUUGUCUACCCCAGAGCAGCCAAGAUCUACUGGACAUGCCCUAUGGAAGAUGUGGAUUACUUUGAGAUGGAAUUCUACGAGCUCAUUAAUUAUUCUCCCAGCAAUACUAAGUCAGAAUUAAGUGGACAAAUCAGUGACAUAAAGGAACAACAUCUUGAGCUACAUAACUUGACUCCUAAUACUGAAUAUCUUUUCAAGGUCCGUGCAGUCAACGAUAACGGACCUGGUCAGUGGAGCGACAUUUGUAAGGUAAUUACUCCAGAUGGUCGAGGGAAAUGUAAAGGCAAAUGGGGUUUGCUGAGGAACAUUCAAUAUGCUCUCUACAGACAUUUCUGAUCUCUCCACAAACGAGAAAAUAAUUUUUAAAAGACGCCUGGCCAAAAAAAAAAAA